AUGAAGUCGCUAUUCUCAAAGGGCAAGAAUGGGACCAUUCGGAUUAGGACCGCCACUGACUUGCACUUUGCACUUCAGGCUUCUAACCCCCCGGCCACGGCGCCACCCGUGAAAAAAGACGUCCAGGUACCGCAGAUUUCACCACUAGAAAAGAGGUUGCAGGACAUGGGAUCCAUCCGUGGCGACGGGAGUGACAAGUUUUAUGGGAUGGAGAACUAUGGAAAUACGUGUUAUUGCAACUCAAUCCUUCAAUGUCUCUACUACUCGGUACCCUUUCGCGAAGCCGUCAUCAACUACCCACAACGCACACCGAUGGACAGCCUCGAGGCUGCGCUCGCAAAGAACCUACGUUAUCAGAACCCAGCUGCUUACUUCGAAGCUGAGGCGCUGGCUGCCAAACAAAAGACUUCCUCCCCACCAUCCGCGCGCCAGGCCGGGGUGCCCCCGAAUCCAAACCAGAAGCCUGAGGACAAGGAGUCACCGGAAUACAAGAAGAAGGUAGCGCUACAGACCCUUCCGAUUUUAGAAACCAAGAACAACGCGACCAGCUAUGGAAUGUCGGAGUCCCUUUUCACUUCGCUCAAGGACAUCUUCGAAUCGGUGGUAGCAAGCCAAGCGCGCAUUGGUAUCGUUCGCCCGCAACAGUUCCUAGACGUUCUACGACGAGAACACGAAAUGUUUCGCACCGCCAUGCACCAGGAUGCGCAUGAGUUUUUGAACUUGCUCCUCAAUGAGGUGGUGGCCAAUGUUGAAACCGAGGCCACAAAGCAAGCCUUCACAGAGAAGGCUUUACCACCAACGGAGAGUGCAGAUUCGUUAGGAAUGGUGACACCUAGCACGGGCUCGAAGUCACCAAAUACCACAAGAUGGGUUCACGAGCUGUUCGAGGGAACUCUGACAUCCGAGACUAAGUGUCUUACUUGUGAAAAGGUCUCCCAGCGAGAUGAGGUGUUUUUAGAUUUAUCGGUGGAUCUUGAGCAGCAUUCGUCCGUGACCUCUUGUCUCCGAAAGUUUUCGGCCGAGGAGAUGCUCUGUGAGCGGAAUAAGUUCCACUGCGACAACUGCGGUGGGCUACAAGAAGCGGAGAAGCGGAUGAAAAUCAAACGUUUGCCUCGUGUGUUGGCUUUGCAUCUAAAGCGUUUCAAGUAUACUGAGGACUUGCAGCGACUGCAGAAACUGUUCCAUCGCGUCGUCUAUCCCUACCAUCUUCGUCUGUUUAACACCACAGACGAUGCCGAGGAUCCAGACCGGCUCUACGAAUUAUAUGCGGUGGUUGUUCAUAUUGGUGGAGGACCGUAUCACGGCCACUAUGUUGCCAUUAUCAAGACCGAAGACCGUGGUUGGCUGCUGUUCGACGACGAGCUCGUAGAACCAGUGGACAAAAAUUACGUACGCAACUUCUUUGGAGAUCGACCCGGAUUGGCGUGUGCCUAUGUUCUAUUCUAUCAAGAGACAACUCUUGAGGCUGUCAUGCGAGAGCAGGCGGAGGAAGACCAGGCCUCGACGGCUGCAGCGACCGAAACAGGCGAGGCUGGAAAGCCUCACGGAUCUCCCUUCUCACCACCACUGUCUCAUGCCCAAAGCGCACCUGUGCCUCCUGAGAAUACAGCCCCCUUCACCCCUCUCAGCCGAAUCCCAACGGCACCCCCACUGUCUACCUAUCCAGAAGAACACUCGGAGCCCCAUCUAGCUUCGCCGCGAACCGUUCAAUCGCAUCUCCCUCCGAUCCCUGACGAACCGGCUCCUCCAUUGAGCCCAAAGAAGAGCGAUCAUCAACUACGGAAGGAACGCCGGGCUAUGGAGAAAGAGAAGGAAAAGAAUGAAAGGCACCGCCUGAAGGAGCAGGAAAUGUACAACCGAGAAUUGCACCGACGAGAGACGGAGGAGUUGAGAAGAGCCAUCGAGGCCAGCAGAGCCGAUAGUGUCGAUCUCAGCGCCGAGAAUGGAUCACCAAGGAAGUCGAGCAGUUUCGGCUUUUUGAAACGAAGCAGCCGCAGUCUCAGUCACCGACUCAGCAAGGAUAGAGAGCCCCGACUCUCAACAUCUGAUCUCUCAACACCACUUCUUCAAGAGGUUGUGCCAGAAGUACCACUCAGGGAGGAAGAACAUCCAUACAGCAAACCAGUUCAGCCGAUCAAGCCAAUCCACCAGGCCCAGCCAGUUCAGUCACCGGUUUCUUCUCCGAGAGAUUUCCCACCUAUCUCCAACCCCAAGCAACCCAAACAACCCAUCCGGGCCCCCGAGCCCUUGGUCAAAGACCAACACACCAGCCAUACGAAGCCCGGCCAUACCCCCCGGUGGAGAACUUUCAGUUUCAAGAAAGUAUCUUAA